UUGACUCUUCUUCUAGUAACUUUCUGGCUGGUGCCCGUGAAAAGAACGGAAGUGAAGGAUUUUUUAUGAAAAUUGUAGGCUGCUAGAACAUCAGUUGAUCGCAUGCAAUGUUUUAGUGAUGCUGGUGGUCGUCUUCAAGAAUCUGUGCUUGAUGCGGCAACGAAGGGUAAUUCGUGUCUUAGGAGAAAUAUUAAUAGUCGACAGAGAACAGGAUUAAAAUUUUCUCUGAUGAUGAUUAAGAAAGGGGGCAAGGUUAAAGUGACAAAUGUUAAGAAUAGUUACAAUUUCUACAAGCAGCAGUUUGUACGUAAUUGGUUAUUCAUGGUUUUAUUUUUCAUGUCAGAUAGAUGCUGUUGGGAGAAUUGGGAGAUUAAAGGGUCUCACAUAGGGUCUAGAACGGAUGUUCGAGGGAUAGAGAAAUCUCCAUAA